AUGGCCGACAAACCCCCAGCCCACGGGACCCACGGCCACCAUCCCUCAGCCCUGCCCCCUUAUCUACGACCGUCCAUCUCCCACUCCUCGAGCACCUCUUCCGGCCACUCGGCCCUUCCCCAGCCCCAGCCCCAACAGCACGAGUAUGUCCCUGGCUCCAUAUUCGACGCCGAGGGCGUGACUGGGAGUGGGCUCGAGGAGAGAGCGAUCUUCGAUACAGCCAUGUCACGAUCGGGGACGCCUGUAGGAACACCCCUCCCCCGUACCGACCCUCUGGCGUCGCCGCUCGAGUCUGAGCUAAACUGGGAUGCGGCCCGCGAAGGCUCCAUAGCCAGGCGCCCGUAUUGGAGAAGACCUUCGCCAAAGUGGGUGUAUCCUUUCAUCCUCGGCGCCGCUGUCAGUCUGGGGAUGGCGACUCCACCGAAAUCGGAACUGUUUAUCAAUCUCGCGUGUCUGGCGCAUCCUCCAUCAUCGGAGCAGACAGUGAUCGUGAAUGGGCAUGGGUCUUUCAAUGCUCAGAUCGCCGGUGAUUAUCAGACAGGGUGGCAAGACCAGGCAGACCCUUCCAAUUCUGCUGUCCUCGCUCCGGUCAAUCAGGCAAAUGCUACAGAGCUGUCACCUUCAGACAGGUGGUUCCUCAAGCUACAGCACGAGAUAUUCGAAUACCGACAAUCUCAUCGCAAAACGUCUGUGCCAGGAGGACGUCGAGAGCGGCUACCGCCAGGUCCACAACCGACUGGGCCUUUGCCUCGCCCAGGCGGAGAUGAGCCUUGGGGAGAUCACGAGCCAGAGAGAAGUGGAGAGGAUGACAAGGAGGGGCAGCACUACCAGGAGAUCGACCCAUCGCUGUGCAAAAAGAAUCCCAAAGUACAAGCGACUGCUGCCAAAUUGACCAUGAUCAUGACUCUGACCAUGGGUAUAUUGUCUGCUUUGACAACUGGAUUCUGGGGCCAGACUUCUGACAGACUAGGCCGUACCAAAGUCAUGGCCGUCGUCGAGCUCGGCCUGCUCUGCAACGAGCUAUGUUUUAUCCUCGUCGCUACAUUCCCAUAUCUAGCGCCCGGAGGCUACUACGCUCUAUUGCUUGGUCCUGUCAUUGAUGGCUCCUUGGGCGGUAUCUCGACCAUCACGGCCACCAUCAACGCUUAUCUCUCGGACGUCACGCCCGAUGGGAGCAGAGUGAUGGUAUUUGCGAGGGUGCAUGGUAUCAUGAUGGCAGGAUUCGCUACCGGUCCAGUACUGGGUAGUAUGCUCAUCUCUUACACUGGCAACAUCAUGACACCCUUCUACGUCAAUGUCCUCAUCCACUCGGUCUAUAUCAUCCUCAUCCUCUUCCUUCUCCCCGAAUCGCUCUCAUCUGAAGCACGAGUCAUCCUCACCAAGAACGCGGCUCUCGCCAAAGACGCUGCUGCCCGGCGCGAAGCUGCUGAACGAGAGUGGGAGGACGAGGAAGUCGCUAAUGAUGCACCUCGUGCGGCUGGCGACGGGAACCGGGAGAGCGACCCUCUUCUGAGCGGAUGGUCAAUCGUCUCUGCCACGAAUCCCUCCAGGCGCAGAAAGAGGUUUGCCGGUAAUGUCCGACGGACAAUCCGAAAGACCUUUUCUUUCCUCGACCCGUUGACAAUCUUCUUCCCAAGAACAGAGGAAGAUGCUUGGACGGGAAGAGAGAGAAAGAAUUGGAAUAUGACCUUUGUCGGCCUGGGCUUGUUUUUCAUGUCUUUGCUCAUGGGUGUUCUGGCCACCAAGGUGCAGUACUCUCUCUACGCCUUUGGUUGGACUUCAACGCAGCUCGGACCGUACAUGUCUGCCAUGUCGUUCCUUCGUAGUGCCAUAUUGAUCGGUCUGGUACCUUUGAUAAUGCGCUACGUCAAGCCGCGUUUCCAGCAGGGCAACAACACUGGUGUGUCUGAAGCACAAACGUACGCUGCCGGUGACUCUGCCAUCACCACCUCCUCCGACCCUUCCGCGCCAGAGCCCAGCUCUGACGAACCGUCUUCUCGUGCACCACUUGGCUCAGCCUACCUGGAUCUCCUCACGGUCCGCAUCUGCCUCUUCAACGAGUUUCUCCCCUGGGUACUCUUGGCUUUCGGCCCCUCAGAGAAAGGUUUCGUCCUUCUCUCUGCCUUUCUCACCUUGGGUGGCCCAGGCGUCCCGGCCUCCAACUCCCUGGCCCUUUCCCUCCUUUCAGACCCUUCUCAGGCAGGCCGCCUCUUCGGCGCACUCGCGGUCAUCCACGCCCUGGGCUCAACCCUCAUCUCGCCCCUCAUGUUUGGCACCGUCUUUGCCGCCACCGUCGGCACGUAUGCGCCUACAGUGUUUGCCCUUGCGGCGUGUUGUGUGGCGGGGGCGUUUGGAUGUAUGGCGAUGGUGAGGCUGGACAGGGACAAGAAGGAUAGUGGGGAGGAAGAGAGAGGGCGGAGUAAGAAGGUGAAGAGGGUGAAUAGCUCGAGUGUAUAUGGGGCGAGUGGGGUGACGAUGAGGAGCGAGAUGGCGGGCGCGAGUGGGCUAGCGAGUGCGAGUGGAGUUGAGUCUGGCGCAGAUUGA